AUGAAGUUUUCCCACUCGCUUAAGUUCAACGCUGUUCCAGAAUGGCAGGACCACUAUCUUAAUUAUUCUGGUCUCAAGAAGGUGAUCUACGUCGCCCAGCAAAACCAGUUGGAGAAUGGCCAGCCUCAAGAUGGUUCCUUGGCAGUGAACAAUGCUACUAUCACUGAAUUGGUGAGAAUCGCCCGGAGAAACCAGGCCAUCGCUGACCGUCGAGAGGCCUUGGCCCAGGCUUCGGAGGAGGAUGAAAAGUCUGCUGCGGCCAAAUUUAUGGAUAAGUUCAAACAAAGAAAGACUGGUUCGUCUGCGAAAACACCAAGCCCAGAGGCCCCGCACAACGAAUUAGAAAAGGGUGAAGCCGCCGUGGAAAAAGACGAUGUCAACGACAUCCAGGUGACUUAUUCGUUCGACAACGAUGAGUCCACCUACCGCGGCUCCAUCGACUUGGAUACGAUGACAGCUGCAGCCGAGACAAUUUCAUCGGAGUCCUCAGACCCUCUCCCGGUUUUUGCCAAGCAUUUGGUCGACGAGGUGACCAAGAUCGACAAGUUCUUCAAGCCUAAAGAGGUUGAGGUUUACAAACAGUACGACAACCUCAUCAAGGAUUUAGAGGCUAACAGACAGCAUAUUGAGGCUUACCUCUUCACUGCUGCCUAUGGCAACGAUGGUUACGAUGAAAAUGAACAUCGUAACAUCCACAUCAAGUCCACUUUAGAGAGAACCUUGAGUAAUGCAUCAGUAUUUGACACUGUCAACCACUUGGACUAUGAGGACCUCGAGAAGGCUGAUUUUAUGGAAGAAGAAGAUGAGGAUGACGAGGAUGACGAAGACCACGAGCAGGAUCGCCAGUCCAAUUCUGCUUUGCUUGGCCACCACGAUUUUGAUAUCAAAAAACAAAAGCAAAUCACUUUGAAACAGAGAUCCAUUCAUAUGUUCAUCACUUUGAGCGAGUUGAAAUCGUUCAUUGAGUUGAAUAGAAUCGGCUUUACCAAAAUUUGCAAAAAGUUCGACAAGACCUGCAACUACUCAGUGAAAGAGGACUUUGUUGCCAACUUUUUACCCCACAACUCAAGAACAUUCUUCCCAGAGACCUCCGAGAUUCUUGAAUACAGAAUCGAUCAUGUCGUCCGUGUUUAUGCUUUCCUUUCUGGUAAAGCAGUCAGUCAGGCUGCCACUGAGGACUUGGAGCCAAUAAAGGACGAGCUUAGAAGUUACUUAAGGGACCACAUUGUUUGGGAGAGGAACACUGUUUGGAAAGACUUGUUGUCGAUUGAGAAGAAGCAAUUUAAUUUGAAUCUUGAUGAGAGCGCCGCAAGAAACAAUAAGAUGGGAGACGAGGCUAACUCCCAGUCCUUGCUUCUGAUGAGGUGGAGAAAAAUUAAUUUACCUUUUGGGUGGAAAGUUUCCAGGUACGAUUACGUCAAGGUUCCUGAAUUUCUCUUUUCGACUCAAAUUAUCAAACUUGCUAUCAUUAUCCCUGUAUUCAUCGUCUUGUUGGCCGUCAAGACUAUGAACGAUAAAGAGGAGGCUCGUUGUUUGGCUGUCUUGGCUGCUUGUGCUAUGUUGUGGGCUUCUGAGGCCUUACCAUUAUGGGUGACUUCCCUUUUAGUACCUUUGCUUGUUGUGACAUGUAAAGUAUUGAAAGAUGACGAUGGUAAUGCCAUGGAUGCUGCAGACGCUUCGAAGGAAAUUUUGUCAGCAAUGUGGUCCUCAACCCUUAUGAUUUUGCUUGGUGGUUUCACUUUGGCUGCGGCUUUAUCCAAGUAUAACAUUGCGAAGAUCGUUUCCUCGUACAUGUUGGCUUUAGCGGGCACUAAGCCAAGAAAUAUCCUCCUCGCUAUUAUGAGUGUCUCAUUGUUCUUGUCCAUGUGGAUCUCCAACGUCGCCGCUCCAGUUUUAGCAUAUUCUUUGAUUCAGCCUGUUUUGAGGACUCUUCCUACAACCUCCCCGCUUUCCCAGGCGUUAGUCUUGGGCAUUGCGUUGGCAUCAAACCUUGGCGGUAUGGCAUCUCCAAUCGCCUCGCCCCAGAAUGUGAUCGCCAUUGAGUACAUGAAACCAAACCCUGGCUGGGGUAAGUGGUUCGCCAUCGCUCUUCCUGUCUCCAUCUUGUCUAUGGGUGGAAUUUGGAUGGAGUUGAUCAUGACUUUCAAAAUUUCUCAGAAUAAGGUGAAGGCAUACAAGCCUAUCAAAGAAAGGUUCACCACCAAGCAAUGGUACAUAAGCAUUGUUUGUAUUGCGACUAUUCUCCUUUGGUGCGUCUUGAGUGAGAUUGAAGACACUUUUGGCUCCUCUGGUAUCAUUGCUGUCGUUCCAAUUGUCUUGUUCUUUGGUACAGGUCUUUUGAAAGUUGAUGAUGUCAAUAACUUCCCCUGGACCAUCAUCUUAUUGGCCAUGGGAGGUCUUGCAUUGGGCUCUGCUGUUACAAGUUCAGGUCUCUUAGCUACUGUUGCCAAAGCUUUGCAAAAGAAGGUCGCUGACUUCGAUGCCUUCGUUGUCAUGGCAAUUUUUGGUAUCUUGGUUUUAGUCGUGGCCACCUUUGUUUCGCAUACAGUGGCCACUAUCAUUAUCGUACCAUUAGUCAAGGAGGUUGGUGACUCGAUGUCCACGCCUCAUCCUUCGCUUUUGAUUAUGGGCACGGCUUUGAUGGCUUCUGCAGCUAUGGGAUUGCCAACUUCUGGUUUCCCUAACGUCACUGCCAUUAGCAUGACUGAUGAGGUUGGUCAACGCUACGUCUCAGUCAACACAUUCAUUACUAGAGGUGUUCCCGCAUCUCUUAUAGCAUAUGUCAUCACGAUUUCCGUCGGUUACGGCAUUAUGACAUGCUUGAACUUUUAA